UUAUGCUGAAGCUACACCAUAAGGUACCUUACACACCUACACCUUAUAAAACAAAGUCUGUCCGUUUGUAUGUAUGUUCGCGAAAAACUCAAAAACUACUGAACGGGUUUUCAUGCGGUUUUCACCUAUCGAUAUAGUGAUUCUGGAGGAAGGUUUUAGCUAUAAUUUGUUAACGCUUGCAAAGCCGGGGCGGGUCGCUAGUCACAUCAUAUUAUUAAAAAAACAGCCGAACCUUAUUGAAUAGAAGACAAAAAAAAUAAUGGUUUAUAAGGGUACACAGAUUUAAAUCAAGUAGGUAUAGUUUUAAAUAUUUUAACACCAUCAUUAUUUAUGGUAUUCAGUAGGUAACUGUGGUAAUGACCUUACCAUCAAAUAACCGCCAAUGUUUUAUACACUGUUUUUCCUUCCGUAAAAUCCUUGUUAUAACAAUACAUAUCAUUACAUUUAUUACACACAAAGUGAUUGGGACGCUGCCACUAUACACAUCAACCAUGUCUCUUCAGUAUUUUAUAUUAUUAAUUUGCUUAUUUUUAUUUGAAGCAACGGGGCAGACGACGAAUUGGUUUGAAACUACAACCUUUGCAGAAGUGCUUACCACGGAAUCGACCAACGUGACAGAGGAAAGAAAUACGUCGUGCACCGAUGGCAUGUGGCAGUGCGAAAACGGUGGCUGCAUCUCCAACACAGCGUUGUGCGACGGUUUGAUCGACUGCAGGGACGCCUCCGACGAGUAUUGGAAGACCUGUAACAGUUCAAAUCAGAGACUUUUGUUCGGCCUACUGCUUCACUGCGUGUCAGAAUCCGAGAAUCACAAGAAAGUAUGCCCUCAAAUCUGCCACGACGCACCUGAGUUUUGUUACUACGCCCUUAUAUCUGAUAAUGAAAAGAAGAACUUAGGUUUAUGUGUUUUGCCGGAGUAUCCGAAGAACGGUUUAUACAAGAUAAUACCGUCCAAGAAUGGAAACUCUUCAACUUCAAAUAGCUUCCGUCUGAAAUAUGACUGCGUGGAACCGUUUGUUAUAGUGGAGAAAGAAAAACACGAGUGCAUUGACGGUAAAUGGAGUAAUGAUGAUGACAAACGUUAUUGCUCAGAGGCUUGCGAACUAAAAUCGUACAAGAAUGACAACUUUACUUUUACCUGCCCAAAGGAUAUAGACGGAAAUGAAACAUGCAAAGACUAUGUGGCCAUCAAUACAACUGUUACAGUAAAAAGGGCUUUUGAGGAUCCCGAAGACCAGAAAACGAACAAGAAGACAGUCUCCGUGGAAUUAUUCUGUCCGACUAGCCAGGAAAUCAACAUAUCCAGGGACUGUGUCGAUGAGGUGGACAAAAGACAGCAGGUUUUUGAAAGUCCGACCAUGACCAAGUUGUACCAAUAUGAGGCUGAAUUCAACAAGUACAAAUCUAAUGAUACUUCCAUUGAAUUUAUGGAAUUGGUAGGAAACUUCAAAGAAUUUGAGAUAGUAGUUCGAGAAGAGUUGGGCGAGAUGCACGAAUUGGCCGAACAAUGUGAUAUGUCACUAGAUUUGUUAUUGGCGCAUCUGCAAAGGAAGAAAGGAGAACAAGGAAACAAAAAUUAAUAAUGUUUACGAUAUUUAAACAAUCUAGGUUUUGGUGAAAUUUUUUCGAGAAUUUCAAGAAAGAAAUAAUAAAUAAAACUAGGGAAGUUCAAUCCUAUGAAUUUGCUUAGAACUCCAUUGGAUUAGGUAUAGAAAACAUAAUUGUAAAAUGAAUAAAGUACUUAAAGUUACAAUGAAUAUGUAAUUGUACAAUAAUAAUAAUAAUAGUAGUAGUUACAAUAAAUAUAAAUAUGUAUUGCCAUUUAUGUUUUGCAUGAUGGUAAAAUCGUUGAACAGGAGACUGACGGCCUGAUUCGAAUACGAUAACGAUAAGUUCUGGUUCGGAUAAGUUCUCAUUUAGACAUCAUUUGUAUGUCGUAUAAUUGACAGAAGCAGCUCAAUUCAGGCAACCAAUGUCACUUUGACGUUAGAAAUAUCGUAGAUAGAUCUUAUUGGGAUCACAGCGGAAUUGAAAUAAACCUCAAUUUUGACAUGUCGUUUAGUUAUCGCUCUUUUAAAGAUCUUUCCAAGAUCUUGAAAAUGAAAAUAAUUUAUUUGAAAAAAACAACAAUUUUAAAAUUAAUAUUUGACAUUAGUAAUUUGUUGUCCCAAAGAGGAUACCACUCAGCACGUGUCGGAGCACUCAGUGCAACGACGCUAAUGUUAAACGUGUCUUAAUCAUUCUUCGAAUCGGGCCGUGAGGUAUGACAUGACGGCUAGAUAACAAUAUCAUCUCUGUAACCUAUAACUCAUGCACAGAGAGUAAAAUAUAUGAAAUUAGAAAAAUAAAUCAACUGUCUAAUUAUAAAGAAGUCAUCCGAACUUCCAAUAUCGACCUUUUUUUUAAAAAUAUUGAUUACAUAUUACAUAAAUAUAUGUGUGAGAA